AUGGACUCGCCGGCCGUCACCCGCAUCUUUCAACAGCUGUUCACGAGACCGUCACGGAAUUGCCUUCGACUGCAGCAAUGUACUCGCAGACAACCAUCCCUUCCCCAUCCAGCACCAGCACCCUCGAUUCAACAGCAGCGGCGGACAUAUGCACUUCGACGCAAGCAAGAUGAUGCGGGAGGAGGCAGCUCAUGGCAGCAGAGAAUUGAUGCCUUCCCCAAGGACAUGUCAAGACAGCUCAAGGAAUACCCUCGAGUCACGGCACAGGACCUACGCCACAGAACCCAGCGGCCGCGGCGAGUCAAAAUGCUGACGAGGGAAUUUAUUGACGGAGGCACAGACAGCCUAUACAACCCCAACUACGGCUACUUCACAAAGCACGCGACAAUCUUCAAUGCCGGGAAACCCUUUGAUUUCGCCUCCAUCAAGGACGGCGCCGAGUUCAAUCGCCUGGUGGACCUGAGCUAUAUCGAGUUUGAAAAUGCCCUGGACGAGAUCGAGCCGGAUGAGACGCGCCAGCUCUGGCAUACCCCGACCGAACUAUUCCGGCCGUAUUACGGCGAAGCCAUUGCUCGGUACCUGGUCACAAAUUACAAAAUGACUUUGUUCCCAUACCACGAUUUGAUCAUCUACGAGAUGGGUGCGGGGAAUGGAACCCUGAUGAGGAACAUCCUCGACUACAUCUAUGAAUACGAGCCGGAGGUCUACAGUCGGACGCAGUUCAAGAUCAUCGAGAUAUCCUCCGCGCUGGCCGAGUUGCAGUUGACCUCUCUCCAGAGGUCCCCCUACGCAGGAGAACAUUUGGACCACGUCCAGAUCCUCCAUCGAUCUAUCUUCGACUGGAACGAGUACAUCCACUCGCCAUGCUUCUUCCUCGCCCUCGAGGUCAUCGACAACUUCGCGCACGAUUCGCUCCGCUACGACCCGGAAACGGAGCAGCCCUUACAAGGCAGCGUCCUGAUCGACGAAGACGGCGAAUUCUUCGAGUUCUACUCCCGCAACCUCGACCCUCUCGCACUACGCUAUCUCCGCGUUCGGGACCUCGCCGCCCGCUCCCCCUUCAUCACCCCCAUCACGCAAUACCCUCGCUUUAUACGCCAACUCCGCCACUCCUUACCCUUAUCCCCCAACCUCACAAAACCAGAGUACAUACCCACCCGCCUUCUCGAGUUCUUCGACGUUUUGGCCAAGUACUUCCCCGCCCACCGCCUCGUGCUUUCCGACUUCAACUACCUCCCGGACGCUGUCCCAGGUCUUAAUGCACCUGUCGUUCAGACGCGCUACCAGCGCCGCAACGUCCAGGUGUCUACACCGUUUGUGCACCAGGGCUACUUUGACAUUUUUUUCCCUACGGAUUUUGCCAUGAUGGAGGAUAUCUACAGGGCCAUCACGGGAAAACUCACAAGGGUGUCGACCCACAGGCAGUUUUUGGAGAGCUGGGCACUUGUGGAGCAGACUGAGGUGCGGAAUGGGGAGAAUCCCAUGUUGGCUUGGUAUUCCAAUGCUAGCGUCAUGACUACUGUAUAG